AAAAAAAAAAACUGCUGCAGCCUCCAGUCGGACCAACUCAUCUACAAAACACUUUCAGCACAAACCGAACAUUAAAACUGUCAUGAAGGGAGGAUUUAUUGCAGGACUGCUGUAUCACACCGUGUUAGUUUUAGCCAGGUGUAGCUAAUAAACUGCCAACUGAUAGCAUUUGGCCGCUAGCUACUUCAUGUUUUGAGGCACUGCCAGAUUACGGAGGGCUCUUCAUUUAAGCUAGCGUUAGCGAAAAGGUUACAAAACUGCCUCGCAACCCCCACUGGACAAGCCCACGAUUGGCUUUACAGCAUCCUCAUGCUUUAUUUGUUAGUUUAACGAUCCUCCUCUGGAUAAAGAAGCGGAAGCUGUUGGCUAGCGAACGUAGCUAGGCGGCUGUAAAGCUAAGGUUACCCUUAGUUGAACUUCGAGACAGUUGCUGUGAGGAAAAACUUCUUGUGUUGUCUCCGACUUACCUCCGACUAAUGAUUGUGUACAUGACGCCAGUUUCAAAACUUCCCUCCCAUCCAGAGCCUUAAACUCAGCGGGCCCACACCCCCCGGACACUCUUCCCGCCCCGCCCCGUCCCGCCCCGCUCCCCCCCGGCACUAACUCGCCUGUGUUGUAGUUCCCCUGCGUGCGACAGCGGGGGCGACUUGUGGAGAAGUCUCGGUACUUUGCAGGGGACUUUCUCCUCCAUCUCCGUCCACCGCACGGACCGUCUCUCCCUCCUUUCCACUCUCCAGUUCAGAGACCGACCAUGGGCUUCUCGGGUCGCGGCGCAGCGCUUCUCCCUCUUGCCUCCUUGGCCGUUCUCGUCGGCGUUUGCUCCGCGGGCGCCGACGCGCCCCGGGGCGUCGCGGUCGGGUUCGUUUUCGACCCCAAAGCGAAGUGCGACCCGCCGUGCGAACACGCAGGAGUCUGCAUCCGUAACAACACAUGCUACUGCUCCAGGGGCUACGAAGGAGAGACCUGCCAGUAUGCCAACUGUUAUCCCAAAUGUAAGAAUGGAGGAGAGUGUCUUCGCCCCGGAAAAUGCAGAUGUCCGCCCGGAUUUGGAGGAAGAUACUGUCACAAAGUGGCAUGUGAUGGAGGAUGUUGGAACGGAGGGGAAUGCAUUGCUGUCAACGGAGUGGCCAAGUGCAUCUGCCCCUCAAGCUGGACUGGCUCAAAAUGCCAAGAGGCAAUUUGUCCUCAAGGCUGUAGGAAUGGGGGAAUCUGUGUGGCUCCAGGAAUCUGCAGCUGUCCGGAGGGAUGGCUGGGCGGUGCCUGCCACAAUGCUGUGUGCACCCAACCCUGCCUGAAUGGAGGGAAGUGCAUCUCUCCCGACAAAUGCCGCUGUCGUCCCCCUUAUUCUGGCCCUCGCUGUGAGGAGAGGAAAAAGUCUAACUAGUGUGACCCAGCUGGGGUCACAGGUCAAUGGGGCCCAAUCAGGGACUUUACUGUUAUGAGGACAGUUACAUUUUUUUUAGCUGAACAUUGGUAGUUUUUACAUUUUUUACCAUGUGAUAUGUAAAUCCUUUUCUUGAAAGAAACAUUGGACUUGUCUAAUGUUGUGAUGUGACUGUACAAAUGUGCCAUGUACUAUACUGUAAUUUGUGUCAA